UAACAAUAACAUUAUCCUUGAAUCCCUUCAUAGUUGCAUUAUGCAAUUUUACAUAUAACUAAACUUUUUCUGUUUCUAUAUGCAUUCUACCUUAAUAUUACAAAUUACCAAGUUAAUGACAAGGCAAAAGUUUAUCAUUUAAAAUCUGAAUGCUAGUUUACUUAUAUAUUAUGACUAGCAUAAUAUUUGUUUGAUUGUGGACCUAAAGAUGAACAUUGAGUAGUCUUAACUCAUAAACCAAACAUCUUUGUCAUUCUUGGAAGCUACACUAAAUUGGGCUACUACAAGGAUUAGUAUUCUAGGAAUGUUUUAACAACUGAGUUUAGCUUAUGCAGCUUUUGGGUACCACUAAAAGUGCACAGUGCACCACCUUUUAAGAAUACAUGUACUAAUUCAAUCUACUCUGUCAAAAAGCACAAUCACAGUUUGCUAGCUAAAUGGCCAAGAUAUAUAAAAACAACAAUUUAAUUAUUGUAAUCCAAUCAAAAUUAUCAAAUUGACUAAUUGAAGGAGAAGAAACAAUGUACCAGUAUGGAACAACACAUUCUCUCCAUGUUUCAUGUCGGAAGUCAUUUGAAUAGUCCAAACCUUACAGCAUUACUUGCACAUUAACAGCUCCUGCAAAACCCAGGAUCUCAUCAGCUUUUACACAAUUAACUAAUCCAUAAUUAUUUCUGCUUAAAUCAAACAGAACCAACACUCACACAAGUAUAUUAACAACUCACUCCCCAAUCUUCACUUCAUUACUUCUUUUUCAACUCAGUACUUUCUGUAUCCUCAAAAAAAACUCACCUGGGAUUUCUUCUGAGAGAUGGUCAGUGAUCAGUUAAUGAUACAAGGAAAUAAGCUGAUAAUUUGAAUUUAUUGGCAAUAUGAAGUGGCAAUUUACCUGUCUCUUCUUGUUAUUCAACUGUUACAUUUUCUGCAACAGUUUUAGUCAUGCUGAGGUGGUUGGGAAGGUUGAGGUUGAUAGUGAAGUGUCAAUUUUACUAUCGAUAAAAGAGAAGCUGAUUGAUCCGUUAGAUCAGCUGAAAGAUUGGAUAUCACCAGACAAAGGUAUACAGAACAGUUCAGUUCACUGUAAGUGGACUGGAGUGAGCUGCAACUCUAUUGGUGUGGUUGAAAAGCUUGAUCUUUCCAACAAGAAUCUUAGUGGCAUUGUAUCGAGUGACAUUCAGAAACUGCAAAGUCUCGCUUUUCUUGACUUGAGCUGCAACGGGUUCUCAUCACCAUUGCCAAAAUCUUUAUCCAGUUUUAAUGCACUCAAGAUCAUUGAUCUCAGCCAGAACAGUUUUGUAGAAAGCUUUCCACUCGGGCUAGGGAAUGUUGUUGGCUUGACUGCGCUGAAUGCUUCUAGUAAUAAUUUCUCAGGCUAUCUUCCUGAGGAUCUUGGAAAUGCAACCUCCCUUGAAAGCCUUGAUCUCAGAGGAAACUUUUUCGAAGGUUCCAUCCCAAAGUCUUUCAAGAACUUGGGUAAACUGAAGUUUCUUGGUCUUUCAGGUAAUAAUAUCUCUGGCAAUAUACCUCCAGAGCUAGGCCAACUUUCUUCAUUGGAGAGUAUUGUCAUCGGAUACAAUGAUCUUAGAGGCGAAAUCCCAGCAGAGUUUGGAAAUCUAACUAAUCUCAAGUACCUUGACUUGGCCGUUGGUAAUCUUCAAGGUGCAAUUCCACCUGAAUUGGGGAGGCUGGAGCUACUUGAUACAGUUUACCUGUACAACAAUAAUCUUGAGGGUAAAAUUCCACCAGAAAUAGGCAACAUUUCAUCGCUAAUGUUCUUAGAUCUCUCUGAUAACAUGUUAUCAGGAGAAAUUCCAGCAGAGAUAGCUGAUUUGAAGAAGUUGCAGCUCUUGAACCUGAUGUGCAACCACUUGUCUGGCUCAGUCCCUUCUGGACUAGGAGGAAUGCCUGCUUUAGAGGUCCUAGAGUUAUGGAACAACUCCAUUUCAGGUACUUUGCCAAGUGAUCUUGGCAGGAAUUCACCAUUACAAUGGUUAGACAUAUCGUCUAAUUCAUUUUCAGGUCCAAUUCCAGAAAGUUUGUGCCAUAAUGGCAAUCUUACUAAGCUUAUUCUUUUCAACAACGGUUUAUCUGGUCCAAUUCCAGCAGGUUUAUCAGGUUGUAUGUCCUUGAUUCGUGUGCGGAUUCAAAAUAAUAACCUCUCUGGAACAAUACCAGUGGGAUUUGGGAAACUCCCAAAAUUUCAAAGACUAGAAUUAGCUAAUAAUAGUCUCACUGGACAAAUCCCAAAUGAUAUUGUCUCUUCAACAUCAAUUUCUUUCAUCGACUUAUCACAUAACCAUCUUCAAAACUCUCUUCCUUUCUCCAUUCUCUCAAUACCCAAUCUUCAAAAUCUAUUGGUAUCUAACAAUGAAUUGGUAGGCGAAAUCCCGGACCAGUUUCAGGACUCUCCUUCACUUUCAAUACUCGACCUGUCCUCAAAUCAUUUUACUGGAAGCAUUCCAGCUAGUAUUGCUUCAUCUGAGAAACUAGUCACUCUUGAUCUUGGAAACAAUCAAUUAUCAGGACCAAUUCCGAAAGCAAUCGCAAUGAUGCCCACAUUGGCAAUUCUUGAUCUAUCAAACAAUUCACUGACUGGCGGGAUACCUGGAACUUUUGGGAAUUCUCCGGCUCUAGAAGUGCUGAAUGUAUCCUACAAUAAGCUAGAGGGUCCUGUUCCGGAAAAUGGAAUGCUCAGAACAGCCAAUCCAAAUGAUCUUGUGGGCAAUGCUGGUCUCUGCGGUAGCAUACUACCUCCAUGCUCACAUGACAUGGCAUAUACAUCCGGGCAGGGAAGAUUUCACGCAAAACACAUCAUUGGUGGAUGGGUCAUCGGAAUCUCAACUCUACUAGCUCUUGUAAUAGCAGCUUUUGGCGCAAAAACUCUUUACAACAAAUGGUACACAAACGGAAGUUGCUUUGAAGAGAAAUAUGAAUUGGGCAAAGGAGAAUGGCCUUGGAGACUAAUGGCAUUCCAGAGGCUUGAUUUCAAAAGCAAUGACAUUUUGGCAUCCAUAACCGAAUCAAAUGUGGUUGGAAUGGGGGCAACAGGAAUAGUAUACAAGGCCGAAAUGCAAAGGCUUAACACUGUUGUUGCAGUAAAGAAGCUUUGGAGAACUACAACAGAUAUUGAAAUGGGAGGUAGUGAUGAUCUAGUGGGAGAGGUGAAUUUGCUAGGAAGGUUGAGGCAUCGAAACAUUGUUAGGUUACUAGGGUUUCUUCAUAACAACGGCAAUGCCAUGAUUAUAUAUGAGUACAUGCAGAAUGGAAGCCUCGGAGAAGCUUUGCAUGGAAAAGAAGCAGGGACGUUGCUCGUAGACUGGGUUUUGCGCUAUAAUAUAGCUGUUGGAGUUGCUCAAGGACUCGCUUACCUGCACCAUGACUGUCACCCCUUGGUGAUUCACCGAGAUGUCAAGUCAAAUAACAUAUUACUGGAUGCAAAUUUGGAGGCCAGAAUUGCUGAUUUCGGAUUAGCAAAGAUGAUGCCUAAGAAGAAUGAAACGGUGUCAAUGGUUGCAGGAUCUUACGGAUAUAUAGCCCCAGAAUAUGGGUACACAUUGAAAGUGGAUGAGAAAAGCGAUAUCUACAGCUACGGGGUGGUUCUGAUGGAACUUCUAACUGGAAAACGACCAUUGGAUCCAGGAUUUGGUGAAUCUGUUGAUAUAGUUGAAUGGAUACGGAGGAAGAGGCUAGACAAUAAAGCAUUAGAAGAAACACUAGACCCCAAUGUAGGUAACUGCCAACAUGUACAAGAGGAGAUGCUUUUAGUGCUCAGAAUUGCUAUCCUUUGUACAGCCAAGUUUCCUAAAGACAGGCCUUCCAUGAGAGAUGUUAUAACCAUGCUCGGAGAGGCGAAACCUCGGAGAAAAAGUAGUAGCAAUACUUCAGGAAAUGCAGCUAACAAAGAUAAACCAAUUUUUAGCACCUCACCUGUAAAUGGCCUUCUUUAACGAAGCUACCAGAUGUUCAUUUAGUCAUUUGUUCGCCAAUGUAGAUAUUUUUUAUCUUU